AUGGCAUCCCGCUACCGUCGCGAGUCGCCAUUCGCCGCGGUGGAUGCCUACCUCGAAGCUCGGGGCCUGAACGUGGAAGGACCCGUUGCGAGCCCUGCGCCACAGAGCUUUCUGUUUGGUGCGAGCCAUCGACAGAGUGCUGCCUCGACGAGCGGCAAUUCUCGAUCCAGGAAACGCCAAGCCGAAGAUCCGGAGCCUCGGCGAGUCGCCACACCGCAGGCAGCCAACUCAUGGCCCAUGUCUGCGGCCUGGCAGAUGCCAGACGGACUCUUGUCGACAGCUGUCCCUGACAUGGGCUUGAGUGCCCCAAGCGAGAAUCCAAGGCCAGCUCUAAGCUGGAUGCCGAACCCCAUACAUCCAGCACCUGCGCCCGCGCAAUCGGCGGCUUUCGCCGGCCUCCAGCAUUCCGCCACACCAGCCUUGAACCAGCCCGCCCACUACGAUCUUCCAAAGGCAACCAGGCCGAAGGUCCAUGGGACGCAAAUUGAACUGCCCGACCUCUCACCGGAGCAGCAAAUCGCCGUUGACGAGCCGUUGGACUGCCCACUCCUUGUUCUGGCCGGCCCCGGCAGUGGCAAGACACACUUCCUGGCAUGCCGCAUCACACGCGCACUGUCGGCAUCUCCGCCACAGGUGAUCGUUGCCGUGACGUACACACGGAAGGCGGCCGCGGAGUUAUCGCAGCGGGUUCGAAAGCUCGCAGGGCCGGCCGGCAGCAAGGUCUGGAUCAGCACUGUGCACGGGCUGGCGCUGAGGCUCUUGCGCGAGGCUGGAGGCCGGAGGGGGUUGCCCGGCCGUGCAGCCUCAGAUCAGGAUCGCCGAGCUGCGGCACGAGUGGUGCUGGAGCAGCCAGAGCUAGUCCAAUUCUUGCAGGCCUUGCCAGACGCUGCCUUGGAGGAGACUUGUGGCUCGGACGAUGCCGCAGGCACGAAGAAGGGCGAUCCGGCAGCGAAGUUUUUGCGGGCGAUGGAGCAUGUCGGCCGCCAGAAGCGGGACGGAGUCGCUCUGGAAGAGCAACCUCUGCUGGCAAGCGCACACAAGAGCUUCGUGCAGGAACUCCGACGGCGACGAUUGAUGGACGUCUCAGAGGUGAUAGGCUUGGCUUUGAGCUUGCUCGACGAUGACGACCACGGAUCUCCUGGACUCUGCUGGGCGGCGAACUUCGUGCACAUGCUCUUCGUGGACGAGUGGCAGGAUACAGACAAAGAGCAGGCGCAAUUCCUGGCCAAGCUUCUCGCUCAUCGAACGACCGUGACAGCUGUAGGAGACGACGACCAACGCAUCUAUGCUUGGCGCAGAGGUCAAACGAGCACCCCCGCAGAGGCCUUUCGUUCCCACUGGCCUCGAGCACAGCUCAAAACCUUGGGAGCCAACAAACGCUCGCUGCCCCACCUCGUCGAAGCCUCGAAGAAGCUGAUCCUCCACAAUCGUCAGCGUGAGGAGAAAGAGUUGUGGCCUGCGCGUCCGGCAACUACUGUCUCCGACGGGCCCACCGCACAGGUCCAAGCAUUUGCCAAAGAGACAUUAUCGACUGAAGUUCGUUGGGCUGCGGAAGAACUUCGAAGAUUGCGAGGAGAAGGCACUUCGUGGGGUUCAUUUGCGGUGCUGGCACGCACGAACGCUUCAGCCUCCUUCGCGGCCCAGGUGUUUGCCCAGAUGAGCAUUCCAACCUGGCAAUCCACCGCGGCCACACGCAGCAGCAGAACUUCAGGCGCAGCCCGUGCAUCCGUCGUGCUCGACUUGUUCGCGUACCUGAGGCUGGUCGUGGACCCGCACCAUGAUGUGUCGUUCCUUCGUGUGUACAAUGUUCCUCGUCGUGGUGUUGGCAAGGCGGCCCUUCGUUGCCUGCGGGAGCAGUUCGGGGCUCCUGCUCGGCCUGCAGGAGGGGGGGCUUCAUCUCUGGAUGGGGUUAGCGCCCUCAAUCUGCAGGAGGUGGUGUCUCGUGCAGCAAGCCUUGCGGGGUCGACCAAUGGCGGCGCCCCUGGUGAACCAUCCUCUGGAUCCCUGGAGGGUGCGAUGGGACGGCUCUUGAAGGCCCCGUGGCUGGGCUCCAACGCUAGAUCUGCACAAGGGCUCAGCAGCUUGGCCGCUGCUCUUCAUGCUGCCCGCAGAGCAGCUCAGAACGGAAGCGGCAGCGCGGCAGAUGUGCUCCGAGUCAUCAUGGCAAAGACAGGCUUGGGCAGCGCGGACCAAGCGGGACAGGCUUGUCUUGGGCAGAUCCUUGCCGCAGCGGAGAAAUUCACCGUGUGUGCUGAAGCACCCGUGGCUGCAGCUUGCGUGGUACAGUUCCUGCAGGACUCGGCAGCGGGCGGAGGCUUGGGUGGCUGUGGUUCGUCGGCUUCGGCUGCCUCGGCGUCUGAGGGCACAGACAGUGAGCACCAUCCAUCAGGCCAAAGGACGUCAAUUUCCGAGCCUGGAAGAAUCUGGCCAGCCUGGCUGCGGGAAGGCAAGGUAGCUCUGAAGACGGCGGAGAAGAAGAGCGCCGGUCGGUGGACUCAGGAGGGCAAAACGUGCGGAUUGUGA